CUUGAUGUUAUGUAAUGUUAUGUAAUCCCGUUAUAUCAGGCCAUUAAGAUGCCGACUCAUAUUUUCUGUCCCGACUUCCUCUAUGCAGCCUUAACACGCUAUGUAAACUCACUCAAUCAUCCUUACCUCCAAAUACCUAAUAUCUGCAUAUCUUUUGUUUUUACAUAUACCACGUAACGUACGGGCAUAAUUCUCAAGAUAAAUUAUAAUACACCUACCUACCUACCUCAUGUAGCUCUGCCCGCAAGCAUUGCCUUCUAUCGGCGUGAGAUAUACCAUCCUGCGCGUCCGCAAAAUCCAAACCCAAACAAUGACCAGCAUCUUCGAGCUCCCAGACGACCUCCUCGCCGCCCUCAUCGAGAGCUUCCCCUGCCGCGACGCCCAGAUCAGAGCUCUAGCAACGCUACUCUACCCCCGAGCCGCACCGUGCCGCAACCUAAUCAUCCACGGCACGGAAGCAACAGGCAAGAGCGCCGUCACCUUGCGUCUCCUCGAAGCGUUAUCUUCGGCUUCUUCCAGCGACGACGACGCGCCGCUGUUCAACUACGCCAUCGUGAAGUCCGUCGAAUGCGUCACGGCGCGGCAUCUAUACGAGCGGGUUGUUGGGGCGGUGGGCGAUGCUCUGCAGUGGGAGUCGGAGGGGAGGCCGGCGGUUGGACGCUGCGAGACGAUUGCUGCGUUGACGGUUGAGCUUACCAAGAUGCUCAAGUACGACCAACCCCAAGAGAGAGACUCGAGGUUCGUGCUUGUAUUCGAUGGCAUCGAUCGCCAGAGGGAGCCACCACCAACCCUAUUACCCGCUCUAGCCAGGCUCUCCGAGAUUAUCCCCAACCUAACAACAAUAUUCAUCCUCACCGCUCCCUCCCCCUCCCUCCUCCGCGUCUCCUCCGUUCCGCAGCUCUACUUCCCACCGUACACGAAAUCCGAAUACGUAACAAUCCUCUCGCGCCCGCCAUACCUCCCCCCCUCCCUCCCCAACACCACGCCCCAAGAAACAACCGACCUCUGGACGCGCUUCACAGCCGCCGUCCACGACGCCCUAGCAAAACCCGCAUCGCGCUCCCUCCCCGGCCUCGCACGCUCCUGCGCCGCCCUAUGGCCUCGCUUCACCGCCCCGGUCGCCGCAGGCACCCACCGCGCCCGGGAAUUCUCGAAGCUGCUCGUCGCCGCGCGGGCCUACUUCCAAGACGAAGCCGUCCUCGAGCCCGGCAUCACACUUGCCAAGGGCCCAAUCUCCGCCGGGGAGAAGGAAGCAAGAAGCAGCAGCAGCAGCAGCAGCAAAGACCUCGCCGCCCUUCUCCCGCCCACCGCCCGCCUCCUUCUAAUCGCCGCCUACCUCGCCUCGCACAACGCGCCCCGCCACGACCAGACCAUCUUCAGCACCUGGCACUCUGGGCGGCGGCGGCGGCGCGGCGGCGGCGGUAUCGCACAUCGCAUUACGAAGAAAGCCAAGCACAGGAAGAUCGCGCGCAAGCUAUUAGGUCCUAGCGCCUUUGUGCUGGAGCGCAUGGUUGCUAUCUACGCCGCCACACGGCAGGAGUGGGUUAACGACGAGAAUGAUGGAGCAGAAAACCAACCUACCGUUGACGGGGACGUCGGCAUGGCGAUUGCGACACUAGCUAGUUUGCGCCUGCUCGUUCGUGUCGGAGGAGCGGGCGGCGCGGGAGACACGAUGGAUCGUGGUGGAAAGUGGAGAGUAGGAGUUGGGUGGGAAGUCGUACGAGGCGUUGGGCGGAGUAUGGGAGUUGAGGUUGAGGAAUGGCUUGUCGAGUGAAGAGGAAUGAAGCACGGGUGAGAUCUAAUACUGAAACAAGUUGGGAUACUACACACAUUACGAUACCCUUUUGUUAUAUACAUCAUUGUAGCUCUUCCAAAAUAACAGUAAUUUUGAUCUACAUGUCUGUGAUCUACCAAUCAUGAAUAUAAAAUGUCUUCGACAUGUUGCC